GAAUUUAUAUACGCUAACAUAUUUUGUUGGAUGUUGGUUAAAAUAUCCUGUAGAAAAUAUGAUUUGGAAGCGGAGGCAGUAAAACUCUACGGAGAAGACUUCGAUACAGUUCUCAAGAGGUUCAGAAAGACACCUGAUUAUUUAAUGAUUUUAAAUGAUAAGGUAACUUCAUUUUGCCCGUUGACCCACAUGAAAGAACUCAAUGAAAAUCAGAAGGAUAUGGGAAUGCAAACCUUGUACUAUUAUAUUGAGAAGCUAAAUUCGAAGGUAGAAGAAAUGCUGGGCUUGGAUAAAGAGAGGGAAAUGUCCACCACUAGCAGCAAACCCCAGAGCUUCUUCCGUGAUCACUUCGCGCGUCGUCAGCAAGAGAGUCCCGACUCCCAGAACGGAGUCCAGAAACUGGAUUCCUAUCCAGCACUAUCCGCAGCGCUGUCUGUUGCUGAACGAAACUCAUACAUGGACCUCGGGUUUCAAUAUGCUGGACAUAUAAUCCACACUAUAAUCAAAAGCAUGGGCCCUGAUGACGAGUCCCCGGUGAAGUCGACCCGCCUGCCGUACGGUGGUGACCAUCGCCACGACUUCACCAUCACUACUACCACAGAACACGUACAUGUUCAUGAGGUGACACCUUCAGUUACUGACGUGGCUUCUACAGUCGCUCCUGACCCUUCACCAGCGCAGGGCUUCAAAUACAGAUACAAGGCUCAGAGGAGUUAAUAAACCUUAAACAAU